AUGUCUGAUCCUUCUCUUUUCAUUUACAAACAUAAUUCAUACAUUGCUAUUCUUCUUCUCUAUGUUGAUGAUAUUCUCCUCACCGCCUCUUCUAAUUCUUUACUCGAGUCUCUAAUUCAGACUCUUAAAUCUGAAUUUUCAAUGAAUGACUUAGGAACUGUUAAUUAUUUUCUUGGUGUUUCUAUAGUUGCUCGCAAUGGGGGUUAUUUUCUUUGUCAGUUCAAGUACGUAAAAGACCUUCUCACUCGUGCAAAUUUGAUGUCUUCCAAACCAGUUUCUACUCCUCUUUCUCCUAAGUCCCUACUUCAUUUGGAAGAUUCUCCUCCCUUUUAUGAUCCGACUCUUUAUAGAAGCCUUGUUGGUGGUCUCCAGUACUUAACCUUCACCCGUCCGGACAUUGACUUUGCUGUUAAUCAAGUGUCUCAAUUUAUGCAUUCACCCUUGGACAUGCAUUAUACUACUGACAAAAGAAUUUUGCGAUAUUUGCAAGGUUCUCUGGAUCAUGGCUUAUUUAUUCUUGGUGGUUCUAUUGACAAUUUACAAUGUUACAGUGAUGUGGAUUGGGCUGGUUGCCCUGCCACUCGUCGAUCUACUUCAGCCUACUUGCCUAGAGUAGUUGCUCAUGCGACUGCUGAACUAACAUGGUUACACUCCCUUCUACAGGAACUUCAUGUUUCUCCUACUUCACCUUCUACAAUUUUUUGUGACAAUAUUAGCAGUAUUUAUCUUGCACAAAAUCCUGUUCAGCACGCUCGUACCAAGCAUGUUGAGAUCGAUAUUCAUUUUGUUCGGGAAAAGGUUGCCGCAGGCGUUCUCCGAGUUCAAUAUGUCCCUAGUCAAGAUCAACUUGCUGAUUUAUUGACCAAGGCGCUUCCUUCACCACGACUGUUGUUCUUGCGCAACAAGCUCUGCAUUCUUCCAGAUCGUGCAUCGCUUGAGGGGGAGUGA